CGCGUCCCCGCCCCGGGCACCCCGCGCCCCUCCCACCGCCCCGCAGCCCGCGGGGUCCCGGCGUCCCCGCUCCGGCCGCGCAUUCCCCCACUGCCUCCGCGCGUCUCCUCCUCCUCCUUCUCCUUUUCCUUCUCCUCCUCGGUCCGCACACCCGUACCCCGGCACAGCCCUGCCCUGCUCUGCCCACCGGCAGCCGAGCACAGGUGACACAGAGGCCCCAGGAUUAUGGCAGCUUCUCCCACCUUCUUCCCUCUGUCUCUUUUCCUGUGUGUGCUGCUUCUUUCUGACAUCGCCUUUGCCGUCUCCCUGGACACUGACAUGAAGCUCAAAAAUGAGAACAACAACCACCUUCAGAACCAAGAGAUGUGGCUUCAGCAUCCCAGGAGUGGGCACCAGCACAAGCAUGGCUUGGCCAAGAAAGGAAGGGUCCUUGCCCUGCCUGCCAGAGGGCAACCAGCCGGGGAAGAGGCCUUCCGAGUGGGCAGCAGAGCUCCAGCCGUGGAGGAGCUGGUGCCACCUGGCCAGCCAGCAGCACUGAAACAGGAUAAGGAUAAGGAUAAGGAUAAGGAUGUGUUCCUUGGCUUUGAGCUCCCAGAGAAUCAGUCCCCUGGGUCUGAGAGAGGAAAGAAGCAGAACCGAGAGCAGCGACGGCACAGCCGCAGGGACAGGCUGAAACACCACAGAGGGAAGGCUGCUGUUGGGCCAAGCUCCCUGUACAAGAAACCUGAAAGCUUCGAGCAACAGUUUCAAAACCUGCAGGCAGAGGAAGCGAGCAGCCCGACCCCUGCUGUGCUUCCCUUCACUGCACUGGAUCUGGUCGUUUCCACAGAAGAGCCCCCUGUGCUUCCAGCCACGUCGCCGCGGUCACAGGCCCGCCUCAGGCAAGACGGGGAUGUGAUGCCCACCCUAGAUAUGGCACUCUUUGACUGGACAGAUUAUGAGGACCUCAAACCAGAAAUGUGGCCGUCAGCUAAAAAGAAAGAGAAACGCCGCAGUAAGAGCUCCAGUGGUGGAAAUGAAACCUCAUCAGCAGAAGGGGAGCCGUGUGACCACCACCUUGACUGCCUCCCAGGCUCUUGCUGUGACUUGCGUGAGCACCUCUGCAAACCACACAACCGAGGCCUCAACAACAAAUGUUACGAUGACUGUAUGUGCACAGAAGGGCUGCGCUGCUACGCCAAAUUCCACCGGAACCGAAGAGUGACCCGAAGGAAAGGGCGCUGUGUGGAGCCUGAGUCGGCCAACGGAGAGCAGGGAUCAUUCAUUAACGUUUAGGAGGGUGGGACUUUAUCUCCUGCCUGGAUGCUCAGUAGCUCAGUCAAACUGCCUACACCUAGCAGUGAGGAUUAGAGAAAAAGUCAAGCGAAUGAUUGAAGCUGCAGGCCAGGCUCCAAUAGAACUGAGGCUGGCGUUAACUCUAGAGUGGUCUCAGCCUUCUCCACACCAGGACUGCAUUCCUCCUCCCUUCCCUCAGCACAUUCCCGUCCUCUGGGUCCCCCUCUCCCAGUUAGUUGGAGAUGAUCGUGAUUGCCAGUCUGAUGGCAAGACAGGAAAGAUCCUUCAGGUCAGGAGGCACAGGAGCUUAAGCUUUCCCUCUCAACAGUUGCUUGAGAAGAAAGGCAGACACUCCUUAGGGUCAGAGGUUCGUAGAGAAUUGGAAGCUUAUAGGGAGACAAAGAUGAUAGCAGAAGCUGCCUGGGUGAGAAGGGACCCCUGACAGAGCUCUCCUUCUCCCCUUUGUUUACUGCUACAGACUGGUACUCCCGGCAGUUACGUGCUGCCACUUCCUACCUGUCUUCUUUGAGAGCAUUGACUCCCACUCCUUCCUUCUCUCCUGCUCCCAUAGAAUGACCUGGUUUCUGCAAGGAUGUGGCAAGACAUCCCUGCCUGCAGCUCUCACUCAUUAGUUAUCCUGCCAAGUCUGUUAUUUUUAAUGAUUAUUUUUAGGAGCUUUCUGGGGAAGUGAUAGUUUUCCUAGUGAGCCAAAAACGAGGUUUUUGGUAACAGGAGAUAGGGACAGGCUGUUCCACUGUAGUGAAUCCUGUGACAUGUUGCAUGUGUGUUUCCACGAUGUGUAAAUAAAGCUAUGAUAGAUAC